CAUAGUGUCUCUAAUGAUGCACUACCCCAGACUUGUCAACCGGCGCAAAAUGGGUGUUUGUACAAGCAUCAACCUUCAAAAUUGGCAUUCAUAGUUCAAAAGACGCCUUUUAGUGUAAGAAGAGAGAAUGCCUGUUUUAAUCGAAAGAACACGACCUACAAAAGAUCAGUUGAGGGCGGUCUAUGCCUACAUAAGGCGACAGCGGGAGAAAGGAAAACAAGCUCUUGCCGAAAGCAAAGCGAAAGAAGAAGAGGAGAAACAGCGAAAAAGGGAACAGGAGAAGAAAAAAGAAACAGUUGAAGAUGUGAAAAAGGAGAUCGCAAAGUUAGAAGCUAAACUAGAAGAACUGAAGCAGAAGAAACACGAUCUCUUUUCGCAAUUCAAGAAAGCUUUAAAUUAUGAAGAUGAAAUUAGAAAACAGCAGGAACUACAAGCAGUGAGGGCUGCCGCCUCUUCUGUUCAUGUAGCAAGUUCUUUAGGUGUUCAGGGUUUGUCUACAGGACAAGCUGCACUGACAUCAAGUGUACAGCAACAAUCAGCUCUUGUGGAAAAUACUUCAAACUCAGGUAAUCACGAAAGAACCAAACAAUACACUUAUUCUUGCUUGCAAUCACGUGACGUGGCGGCCAUGUUGGUGGUUAAUACAAUAAAAAAAUUGUUAUAUUCCUAGACUUUCACUCAACUGAGAAGGGACAGCCAUUGCCUGAUUCUUGUUCACAUGGCCUUGACUAAAAUCAAAUGUAUCCGAUCGUGAUACAUUAAGCAAUGUACCCCGCUUGGGUUACAUUACAGCACAUAAUCAAGGCAUGGUGGAAAGUGGCGUGACAGAAGGCGGGAAAAACACUGCCAGUUUUCUUUUUGGUGAAUGAAGACUACAACACAAAAAUGAAACCUCAAGCUAAAAAGCAACAAUUUUCAAAGUUAUCCCAGAAGAGAAAGAGUAACUAGUGGAGGAAAAAGAUGCAAAUAAUAUAAGGAAAGUACUUUGUAAAUCAUCUACUCAGUGGUUUGUGUUCUUAUAAGUAUCAAGUCAACUGUUUUGAUUGGCUCCACCAAAGCGUAUUCUUUUGUUGCUGUUGAAAGUCUAGAAAUUUAACAAAACACUUAAACUCAGGUCCCUCGAGAAACCAGCUGGUUUUGUUUUCCCUCAAGUCCUGAUGAAAACGUCAGGACUUGGGAAAACAAAACUAACUGUUUCCCUCGGGAUCUGACAUUAAGUGUAUAUUAUUUUCAAGAAAAUGGAGUUUAGUUCCCAGUCAUCCCAGAGGAUAAAAUAAUGUUUUUAUUUGUGACCAUCAACAUGGCUGCCAUGACAUCACGUGCAAACCAGCAAUAAACAUGCGCUUUGGUUUAUACUUGUACAUGUCUGGCAGCUGGGAGCACUAAAUGUGCUGCUGUCGGAUAGUUGUGUAGAAUUUCUGAGAAUGCCUUUUCUCUAACCACUUGAAAGUAUUAAAAAAAAAAACAAUUGAUAAACUGGUUGAAGUGGCUUCUGAAGUUCUAGACUGUUGUGCUUUGUAGGUAGAAUACCAAGUUUUUAUAUUGCUGAAUGUUGUUUUAAUGCAUGUGGUUUAUUGUAUCAGGAGUGAUCAGAAGACAAGGAAGUCCUCCUCAUCCCCUGUCAAGUUUUAUUCAGGCACAGAUCAAUCAUUCUCACAAAAUUCAAAAUCUUCAACCGCCAUCCCACAUUCCCUAUCCAACACAGUCCUCCCAGGUUUACCCAGCAGCACAGGAAAGAUUUGCUGGAUUUCAGCAUGGUCAAGGACAGAAGCCGUUUAUUGCUGGGGCUCAGGUAAGUGAAAACUUUGCUUAUUGAUCAAGCCUGUCAGGUCAGGAACCAUUUCUGUUAUAGGAAUUAAGUCAGCUAACUUCCUUUUUGUGCUUAAAAUGCUGCAGCAACCUGACAGCCAUUUUCCAGGGAAGCAACAUGGCCCACCUCAUGCCCCUACUGUUGUAGCAAUAGAUUCACAGUUGCCAUUUCCAAGGCAGUCACCUCUACAACAUGGAGGACUACCCCCCACCCCCCAGCAGGUAUGUGGUACUACACUAAAUCCACUAUUAAUUUUAUGAUUAUGGUACAUUCUGGUUGAAUACAAUUUACAGUGAAGCCUUUAGCCUGAGUACUUUUUUGGCAUUUAAAUUGCCAGUUUGUUUAAUUGAAAGGGAAUCAAAGUUUAGGACUGAACUCACUGGUGCUUGAUUCCUUUUAUAUACAUGUACAAUGUCUGCUUAAUAUGGGAUCCACUUAGUUCAGGUUUCACUGUCAAUGAGUUUAAGGGGAUGGUUUCCAGGAAGUAUGAUGCUAACUUUUCAACCCACUGCACUGUAGCUUAUGAGAAAGUGACAGAUUCAAAUAAUUUAAGGUAUGUUACAUGAACACAUUGGUGAGAUGUUGAUGAGAAGUAGCUAUGCUUGGGGUAAAAAGUGAUGUCACAAGUCAUACUUUGAUUGUAAUCACAUGAUGAUAAUUGCCAUUCUAAGUUAAUCACUGGUCUCUGUCUAGACAAACAGUUACAGUUAUUACUGUUUAAAGCAUUGUAGCUUAACCUGUAAUGCGUUUUGCAUGUACUGUAUUAUUAGUAGGAUUGAAUGUCUUUCUUGAACCUUUUUCAGUUUUGAUCUGUUGGGCAAUAAACUUCCAUACCCAAAGAAAAGUUGAAGAUUUAGUUGCUUGCUUUUCUGAAGUCAAAAUUUUUAUUUCUAGUUUGUGUUAUUAUUUUCAGUCCUAUAGUCAAACUAUGUUUUCUAAAUCAACAAUAUUUAUUACAGCAGCAACAUCAGCAGCAGUUCUCUUAUCACACUCAGCAGCAACAGCAGUCAAAUUACCAACAAUUUGCAUCACAUGGUAAUCAGAAGCAAGCUUUUCCAACAGGAACCCAUGGACAAACACUACAACCUGGUACAGCACAGCAAAACCAAGGACACCAACAAGGUUUUGUGGCACAGCAUACCCAGGAUCUGUCACACCUGCAAUCAUAUAGUUCAAAUGUUCAUCAGAUGCAGGCACAGCAAUCAUAUCAGGUACAUUCUCAACCUCAGGGAUACCAAGCAAAGCAAGCUACAGCUUACCAACCUCAACAAGUGCCUAUGAGUGGACAGCAUACUUACCAUCCUCAACAGCAACAGCAACCUCCUCAGCCUGGGAAGUAUUCUAUGCAACAUGGACACCAAGUACAACAGGAGCAGCUCCACAGGCAACCAACAAUUGCAACCCAUCAGUACCAACAGCAGCAAAGUAGUGGACAGACACAAGGUCGACAACCAUUAUAUGAAGGAGGACAUCAGAGCCAGCAGAUGCGACCACCACCACCACAACAGCAGCAGCAGCAGCCGCAGCAGCUCCAAAAACAAGAACUGAGGUCCAGUGGGGGACUUGGAUAUUCUCAACAGUACACAGUAAGUACUUUGUCAUUAUUAUUAUUAUUGUUAUUAUGAUUAUUACACUAUCAUUAACAGUAUUAAAAUUUUUACCAUUAUUAUGGACUGGUUUCAGUUCCAUACCUUUGUUAUUUGCAUGCAAACUUACUAUUAAUUUAUUUUCCAUCCUGUGGCUGAAAUAAUGCUAAAUAUACUUUAUUAUAUGUAUUUAAGAAAAAAAUAGGCAAGGCUCAGCUCCAAGAAAAAUUGAGGGGAGCCCAAUUCUCUGAACUUGUGAAAUCCAGUGUGCCCAGCAUAUGAUUUCUAUGAAAAAGCAAAGAUUUUCUAGUCGCCCAAGAACAAAAGUUAGGUGACCGGGCUCUGCUAGAGCACAGCCUUGAUAGGGCAGGGAAAGAAAGAGAAAAAAAAGAGAUAGGAGUCUAUUGACAGGAUAUUUGUGGCAGGUCACCCAUCCAGGCUACAGGCUACAGUUGUAGUACAUGCUAUCUACAGCUUGGGCAAGCUGUAAAACUGACUGAAGGCUAAGGCUAAGAGCAAUGGUUGUAGCAGCAAAAACCUGUAGUGUGAGAGACUCAAACAUAAUAACUAGAAAUACAUGUCUUUCACAGAACCUUGUAAAUUGCAGGGUUAAUAGGACCUGGGAUUCAAUUUAAGUAACCUCCCCCUGCCCCCCUCAAAAAAGAAUUAGUUAAUCAGUAAUUGAUCACACUGUAAGUUAAUUUAUUACUUGCUUUAUCAAUUCAUUAUAAUAGUAAGAAUAAUCAGAUCAGCCUUAAAAAAAUGACUUUUAAUCCACAUGGUUGUUGAAGAAAUUUAAAUUUCCCCCAAAAAGUUAAGAAGAAGACUUACUAGGCCAGUUGCAAAUUCCCUAGUCCAGCACUAUCAGACAUGUUUUUCUUUACAUGCUAUGUGUGCACACUCUGGUUUGAUGGUUCUGUCAUUUUAGGGUGUUGUUGAGGUGUAGGCCCCUUUUGAUACCAGCCAAUGGCUUAUAGGGCUAUCCUGCCUAAAUAUAGUUGACUUGUUGUGACUUGCUCUUCUUGCAUCUUAUUCUUGCAGUAUUAUCAAAGGGAGCAAAUUAUUCGCUCGAAGGCAACUUGGUGUGAAAAGGGAGAGAAAAGUAACAAAUAUUUCCUCAAUCUAGAAUCUCAUUGGAAGGCUAAAAGUUCAGUUCAUAACUUGGUUUUUAAUAAAGAGAAAAAUUGUUAGUCACUGAUCCUCAAGAAGUUUUGGGGUUAUCGAAGGCUUUUAUUCUGGUCUGUUUAAGAAGGACGAUCUAAAACCUUCUGAAAAUUUGAUGAACACUAUUUUGGAAAAUCUGCUCAUGCCUAGACUUUCUGUUAAAGAUUCUCAAGUGUGUGAAGGGAAGUUAAAAAUUGAAGAAUGUGUGAAGAACCUCAAUGCUUUUGAAUCCAAUAAAUCUCCAGGUAAUGGUGGGUGAACAGUUCAAUUUUACAAUUUUUUUUGGAACAUCGUUGGGGAAUUACUAGGCUUAAAGAGGUGCUAAUGCAUCUGCCUUGGCAGUAAAAAGGCAGCAUCUGUGAUUGCAAGUGAGACUGUGCUGACUAUGCCAGGCUGAUGAGCCCCAAGAAGGGUGAAACAGCUGUCCAUAGCUACCACUGCCCAGGUGACAUGGUUGUGCGCACGCGUACGGUAGUAGCCAUACCACGGAGUUGGUACGUGUGCUUCAGUGCUUUCUUUGCGUUGAACUACUGGUAAUUUCAUCAAAAUUAAGUUUGCAUCUGAGAUGGCGAUCAUACGUGAAAUAUACCCCUAAAAUCAGUCCAUCUUUACAGAAUUCUUUAUUGUUAGGUCUUUAAACGGAGUGAGAUUAGGGGGCGCGGGAAAAGAGUUUCCAAGCAACAGUAUUUCCAACUUAUCAUAGUUUAUAACGAGACCAGAACAUUUACCAAACAGCAACACAAGUUCGAGGAACUGUAGUAGAGAUUUGUAAAUGAAGUAAACAAAAUUAUAUUUUGACUUUAUUUGGAAAAGUAAAGACAAAGUGGAACAUUGUGUGCUUGUUGGGGACAUUGAAGAUGGUGGAUUGAAAGCUCCACACUUGGAUUCUAUUUUUAAAACUCAAAGAAUAAUAUGGUGUAAAAAGCUUGUGAGUGAUGACCUUAGAAGCUGGAAAAUUCUUCUUCUUCAUUACCUAAAACCAGUAGGCGGCAAAUUUAUCCUUGGCUGCAAUUUCAAUGCGAAAAAGCUACCUAUCAAGCUUCUGGGCUUUUAUGAGGAAUGUUUAAUGGAUUUUUUGCAAUGCUUCGUAGCAAACAGUUUUUGUUUAGGCAAUAUUAAUGCAGUGGAUAUUUCAAAGAUCAUUCUGUUGAAUAAUUAUUGUUAUAUCCUAAUUGGUGGUGGUAAUUGGUGGUAAUUGGUGGUGAUUUCAACAAAGGACUAGUAGAGAAAGGAAUUAUAGGAAUAGAAGAUCUUAUUGCUGAAAUUAAUGAAAUCAUAACAAGUAAGCUAAGGGAGUUUAAUUUAUCCCCACUGGACACAUUUCAACUUUUUACAGUGAUCAACACACUCCCGAAGGACUGGCCUCAUGAGCUGAGUUAUGGCUAUGAUAGCGUUGUUUCUUUCGAUCUUCACGAGCGGACUCAGUUUUUUUUAAUCUGGUAAAGAAGUUUUAUUAAGUAAUGCUGUCUCAAAAGGCAUCUAUAAAGAAUAGAGAUGGAGAAAUUGGUCAACCAACUGCGCAAAGAAAUAUGUUGAAUAUUUUGAAAAUGAUGAUUUCAACUGGAAAGAAAUUUACAGCUUACCAUACCAGGUUGUGCAAAGUUCAAUAUAAAUUAUUACACAGAUAUCUGGCCACCAGUGAUUUUUUUAAACAAAAUUGGUAUUUUUUCAUCACCACGACGUUCUCUGUGUGAUGGGGCAGAUGAAUCCCUUGAACACCUUUUUGUCUCUUUCCAGAUUACUCAGAGAUUUCGGGCCGAAAUGGUGUAGCAAUCGGGGGGGGAGGGGGGGUGGUAAUCAGCCACCUCUCAGCUAAAGAUAUAUUGUUUGGUAAAACGCUAUAUAAAGACAAUUUAUUCGUUAAUCAUAUUUUGCUUGUUGGGAAGCAGUAUAUAUAUUAUCGUAGAUACACAAACACAAACCCUUGUUUACAAGUUUUCUUGGCAAGACUUGGUAACGUUUAUCAAUAUUAGAAACCAUCAUUGCCAAAUCAAAGAAUAAAAUGUCUUUUCAUUUAUGGAAAUUGCAAGCACUCUUGACGGGUGGUAUACACAAUUUGCGAUAAAUAAGGCUUAGUAGUAUUGAUACUGUUGUUGUGUUUCGUGUGUGCUGUGCGUGCAUGUGUGAGUUAUUUGUGUUUUACCUUCAAAACUUGUAAUGUUGGUUAAGUAUGUAAAAAUUUAAUGUUAUCAUUGUAAGGCAAUAAAAUGAAAUAAACAUUGAUUAAAUUACAAAAAAAAGGAAAGUGAAAAAUGCUAGGGCUGAUUUCUAAUUAAUAGCAAUUAGUCUGAUGGAAUGAAAAACUAUUAAGUGACUGAAUUUAUCAAAAAAUAAAGUUAGUUAUACCAACGGACAAAAAAAAUCUUAUUCUUACAUGCUUACUUUUGCCACAAUCAUUCUAUGGCUAGAAUUUUAUGCUACUAUUAACAGGGUUGUCACUAAGGGCCGGGGGCCGGGGAUUUCCCCCGGCUACUCAGAGCAUGGUCCCCGGCUACUUUCGUCGUUAAAUUAAACCAAAAGAGCAGCAGAAAAUUCUACAUUAAAAAGGACAUAAGCAUUGAAUUAUAGCACACCUUUGAAACACACAAAGACUAUGCAUCGUACUAAAUGCAAGUUUCAUCUUCAGCAGGUUUAAGUAAUUUUGGAAAACUCGCGAGCGAAAACUAAGAAAUGUCGAAGAAAGACAUCUUACUUAGAUUUGGUACUAGUACACACGCGCGAGAAAUCUCCGUUCGCGAAAUGUCAGUUUCAACUGUUGUGUCGGCUUUGUGUUGAACAUGUCGAAGAAGCGGCAAGGAAUCUGCACUCUUUGUUCACGAUGAAAGAUCUGAGUAGAUCUCUGUUGACAUCGCAGAAGAAGUUGAGGCUUCAUCCAAGCGUUAAAUUUCCCUGAUGCUGAUGUUGAUGAUGAUGAGGAUUAUGACGAAGGCUUUGAAGAUGAAGACUGACUGAUUGCUAUGUUUAAUAAAUUGUCAUUAGUCAGUGACCAGAUCUACAUUAACCUUUUGGUAUCGAGUAUAUAAAAUAAUGCAUGGUCAAUGGGAAAUGUUUGAUCAUGGUCGGCAGGUCACAUCCUCUCAGUUCUACUUUCAAGAAGUUAUAUAUAAAAGAGAAGUUAAGCAUUAGCAUUGCUUUUGCAUUCUUCUCCUCGUGUCUCGUUUCGACAUCUCAGCGACGUUUAUAAAGUAUUAGCCCUGUCUUUUAAACGCUUUUCCGUAGGUCAGUUUCUUCGUAUGUUGAGUGAUGUUUCGUUCCUAAAUUCGAGACCACUAAUGUUACCAGUUGUGCAGUUUAGUUUUGCCAUAUUUUAUCCCGCGAUUUUUCAUACGUUAUGCUUGUUUUCACCUUAUCAUACUUUUAUUUUCCAACAAACCAUAUUAGCCUCAUGUUUGUGAUGCUUUUUCGUACAUUCAUCGAGCGCUUGUCUUCUUUCCGCUCCUCCGUGGGUUAAUUCAUCUGUAAUACUAUUAGUUUUACCUUUGAUUUCCGUAAGUUGUUUCGUUCUUUUUCAGACCCAGAGCUUAAAUGUAUUCCCAUUUGGCGGCCACUAAAAAAAAACCCCAACGAGCCUUUACGUAAAAUAAAAACUUUAUAUUCUAGUGUCUCAGAAUGUUGCAGUUUUCUUUAAUAAAGACGUGAUCAUCAUAAAACCGCUAAUGAUAGCUGUACUCUUGAUGAAGAUUGCUUUUUUGGGCGGUAAUGCCUUUUGGAAAACGGUAGAAGUUGCACUUCAAAAACUUCUUGCGGGAGCGGGGGGCUCCACGACUGCUAGCGACUUUCCCGGCUACUAACAACAAAUACCCGGCAACUUGAAAUCUUAGCGACAACCCUGUUACUAUCAAGUCAACUUGAAUCUGUUCAGUUGUUUGCUAUUUGCCAUAAACUAAAAAUGAGUUAUAAGCUAAUAACACACAGCAGGCAGCCAAUAAGCAUCUGGGAUUUCUGACACAACUCUAAGUUUGGCUAUAUAGGGGUAUGUGGUGCUGUUUAUUUCGCUUGAAUUUCUUUUUAUUUAUUUCUGCAGAAUGAAUACCAACAACACCAUCCACAGGGACCCCAAGGGAUGAAAAAACAAAGUCACCGAUAUACUCCUUAUCCAUACUCUGGACCAAAGGGACAUCAUCAGGGAGGUGCUGGGAAGAAAUAUCCAGGAAAGUACCAAAGUUCUGUGGAAGGAACAUCUUCCUCUGGGAAUUAUUCAGGUGGGUUCUAGCUAGACGCAAAAUUAAUAUUGUUUAUCACUUAACAAUUUGCUAUUUGACUUUGGUUGUUGCAAAAAAAAGUGGUAAUCCUCUGUCCAUUUAAGGUGGCUUAGCAUAGAAGAAUUGAUUUGUUGUGAUUCAGUUUUUUUCUAAGUUUGAAAAAUUUCAAACUGGUUUUCAGGGUAAGAUAAAAAUGACUCAUGUAGCAGCUUGCCCAAAGUGCAAGCUACUACUUUAGUUCACUAGCCCAGAGCUCUGAAGAGCUAGCCCAGAAGUAAAUUGAUUAUUGAAAAUAAUCCAAUUUAAUUAUUACAAAAAAUAACACAGUUAUUAAAAAUACUGAACAUAGGAAAACCGAGAUCGGACGGUAAUUGUUUACGGCGACUCGAUCACCUUGCUUGAAAAGGGGUGUUACUCUAGCAGAUUUCCAGUCAUCUGGGAUUUACCUUGGCUUAUAGAAUGAUUAAGAUAUUGCAUGUAGGCAUACUAUUGAGAUCGGUGCACUCCCGAAUAAGCUGUUUGAUUAAUUACUGUCUGAUUCUUUUAUUGUCUUCAGUAAGUUCAACACACUCUAGACAUUAUCAUCACCAAAGCAGAAGUCACAAGGCUGGAAACCAACAGAAAACAUCUCGGUAUUACCAGCAGUAAUCAGCUCCUAUAUAAUGGUAUAUGGAACAAUCAUAAGUACAUGUAUAACUGUGAUAACUAGCUUGCGUGUAGGUAGUUGAUAAAACGACAUUUAUUUACUAGCGAGAACAUAGCUGUAGCUUCGUAUUGCCAAACAAUAACAAAUGUGAGACAAUAGCCAUCUUUUUAAUAUCAGAUAAUAAUUGCACAGAAAUCACAAAGGAGCAUCUUUAAAUUCGUCAAAGCUCAGUGAAAUGUCUCUCACGAUUCUCUCAUACAUGCAUGUUCUUUGUUGGCAAGCUGAUUUGGUAAAAAAAGUACUUUUCUAAGUAUAAUCAUCCUCAUAUUCUUUGCAUGUGCCCUAAGGCAUUGUAGAGUGAUGACAGGCCACUAUGUGACAUUGAAAUAUCAGGGAAAAACCAGAACUAUCGCCUGAAAAGUGUUUGCAACUUUAAAGUGUCUCGAUUCUACUUAAUUUUGCCUUGCAAACAACAUAAUUGGACUUCAGGCACGUAUAUUCUAUGGAGAUUAUAUGAGUUAAUGCAAGCACCCUGCCUGAGAGCGGAGCCUCCUUAUCUUGAGUACCGCGCUAAAAUCCAGCAAGCAAAAGAAAUUCUUUGCUGCAUGGCAGCAGGGUGCGGGAGUAGCAAGUUUCAAGCAGUUUAAAAACUUUUAUGUAAAAUGUUACAUCUGCCUCACACAAUGUAAUUGGAAUAACUUUGGAUAAGCCAAGCCCAUUUCUGCUGCCUUGUGGAAAUUUGUGUUGUAAUUCAUCUUUUCUUAAUUUCACUGAAAAAGACAUGAGCAGGUUUGGCGAUCAGUAGCAGUCCUUUUUCCCCGCGUUUUUUAAGAGAAAAGUUGUUUUAAACCAAUUUGAUCUUUUCCACGGUCAUCAAAGCUUAGGCCCUUACUUAGAAUUAAGGCAUGAAAGCGUCACAUUUAAGAUAAUUAAGCUAUAAUUUAUUAGAUACAGAAGAACUGGACAGAAGCCGCCAGAUCCGAUCAGACACCUUCUCUUUCUUUUCUGCCAAGCAAGGCAAUUUUGAUCACAUCGUACAUACAGCUACAUAAGUAAUAAAUUAUUGUCGUUUAUGUGUGAUUGUGUUAUUGAUGAAGUUAUGCGGCGUUGAUAACUUUCACAUUAUCAUAAUGUAUAAUACCUGUCAUUAAAAAAAAAAUGUAUUAGUUCCCUCAAAUAAUAUGAUAACAAAUAUAUCAAGAAUUGUUUAAAUGAAAUUUAAUCAUUUCCAGUGGCUGUAAACGUGUCCAUCAAACUUGUCUUUGUUGCUGUCAUUUGUUUCAUAUUAACAUUUUAGUCGGGUAACUAACUCGUUUAACCAUUAGGGCAGUGUUCACACUUGUGCCGGGCAUUGUGCCCGAGUAGGGUGCACCGUUUUUGUUAGUUAUGGGGCAGUCAACUGCUUUGUACUUCCUGCUAAGCUCGUGUUUCACUUGGAAAUGGUGUCUGACAGGGCGAAAUGAAUUGACUAUGUACACAGUCUAGCGUGCGUAGCAGGCGUCGAAAGGGGGGUAGGGGAUAAGGAGGAAGGGAAAAAUGGAACGGGGGAUAUAAAUCUGGUACUCAAGGCCGUGUGAACAAAUCAUCAUUUUGUGCCGGUUACCAGGUACUGGUUCCUGGUCACUAAGUAUGAACAGCCUCUAAUUCUAACAAAUGGCCAAAGUCUAAAAUCAAGAAAAAUUAUUCGGAGGUUUGCUAAAAUGUAGCCUGCGAACGCAGACG